GCAGGUGCGCGAGGCUGCGGGCGUGUUUGAGCGGCCUGCCCCGCGCCCGCCGCUGCCAUGGACGGUCUGCGCCAGCGCUUCGAACGUUUUCUGGAACAGAAGAACGUGGCCACCGAAGCGCUCGGGGCGCUAGAAGCCAGGACCGGUGUAGAGAAGCGGUAUCUCGCCGCGGGAGCCCUCGCCCUUCUAGGCCUGUAUCUUCUGUUCGGCUACGGGGCCUCUCUACUGUGCAAUGUCAUCGGAUUUGUAUACCCCGCAUAUGCUUCAGUCAAAGCUAUCGAGAGCCCAAACAAGGACGACGACACUGUGUGGCUAACCUACUGGGUGGUGUACGCCCUGUUCGGUCUGGUCGAAUUCUUCAGCGAUCUACUCCUGUUCUGGUUCCCUUUCUACUACGCGGGCAAGUGCGCCUUCCUGUUAUUCUGCAUGACCCCCGGGCCCUGGAACGGGGCGUUACUGCUGUACCAUCGCGUCAUAAGACCACUGUUUCUAAAGCACCACGUGGCACUAGACAGCGCCGCGAGCCAGCUAAGCGGAAGAGCAUUGGACUUAGCAGCUGGGAUAACACGGGACGUACUACAGGCCUUGGCUCAGGGUCGGGCUCUCGUCACCCCAGUCUCAACAUCGGAGCCCCCAGCCGCUCUGGAACCGGACCCCAAGUCAAAUCAGAGCCCGCUCCUGAGCCACAAGUGAGGUCUGCUGGCAGUCUGUGUGCGGAUCCCCCAGCCACUGACAAGGAACACACAGCUGAUGAUGUUCAGGCCUCUGACAAUUCUUCAGACUCCCAGACAGAGGAGACACAACCGCAACC